AGUAAAUUAUAAUAUUUAUUAAAAUUAUCUUGUGUGUGUUUAAAAUACAUAAUUAUAAAUACAUUAUACACAUUUCUGAAAGAUAUAACGAUAAAGAAUUGAAAAAUAGGAUAGUCUAAAUACUUGUAAAGAUAAAAAAAAAAAAUUGAGGCUAAGUUCUACAGGCAAGUAGAGGCUAAGUUUCAAAACGUACAUGUUAUAAAAUGGUAGAAGUAAAAGCGAAACAUACACUUCAUAGUGGCAUUUUUCAUCCUGUUUUACGACAAUGGCAAUCACCAAAUGUAGAAAUUACAGUUAACAAUCUUAUGUAUCCAAUUUUUGUCUUAGACGAACAAAAUGCUAAGGAGGCAAUUGCUAGUAUGCCAGGUGUUUAUCGAUAUGGUAUCAAUGAAUUACGAAAAGCAUUGUUGCCAUUGGUUUCAAAGGGUCUACAAUCAAUAUUAUUGUUCGGAGUAUCGAAACACUUGAAGAAGGAUCACAUUGGAAGUAAUGCAGACAGUUCACAGAAUCCUAUUAUUCAAGCUGUACCUUUAAUAAGACACUGGUUCCCAAAUUUAUUAAUAGCAUGCGAUGUUUGUUUGUGUCCUUAUACUAUUCAUGGACAUUGUGGAAUUUUAAAUGAAGAUGGAAGCAUAAAUAACAAAGCUAGCAUUGCACGUAUUUCUGAAAUUGCUCUUGCAUAUGCAAAAGCUGGAGUACAGAUUGUGGCACCAUCCGAUAUGAUGGAUGGAAGGAUCGGUGCAAUUAAAAACAUAUUAGCAGCAGCUGGAUUAAUUAAUAAAGUUGCAGUUUUAUCAUAUUCAGUGAAAUUUGCAUCAGGAUUUUAUGGACCUUUUAGAGAUGCUUCUGAUUCUGCUCCAAAGUUUGGAGAUAGAAAAUGUUAUCAAUUACCUCCAGGAAGUAAUGGAUUAGCCGCAAGAGCAGCUGCUAGAGAUGUGUCCGAAGGAGCUGAUAUGCUUAUGGUAAAACCAGGUCUAGCUUACUUGGAUAUUGUUAGACAUACGAAGGAUGCGCAUCCAGAAUAUCCAAUGUUUGUAUAUCAAGUAUCAGGAGAAUAUGCCAUGUUGUAUCAUGGUGCUCAAAAUGGUGCAAUUAACUUGGAAAAUGUUUUAAACGAAGUUCUUCUAUCAAUGAGAAGAGCUGGAGCUGAUUGCUUGUUAGUAGCCUAUGCUUCUGCGAAAGAAGAGAAGGCAAAGGAGGAUAUUGGAACUGUGAUUGGAAUUGAUUUGGGAACUACAUAUUCUUGCGUUGGAGUGUACAAAAAUGGAAGGGCAGAAAUAAUAGCCAAUGAUCAAGGAAAUAGAAUUACUCCUUCGUACGUGGCUUUUACUUCUGACGGUGAACGUUUGAUCGGAGAUGCUGCCAAAAAUCAGUUAACAACAAAUCCAGAAAAUACAGUUUUUGAUGCCAAAAGAUUGAUUGGUAGAGAAUGGUCAGAUCCUACAGUACAACACGAUAUCAAGUUCUUUCCAUUCAAAGUUAUAGAAAAGAACAACAAACCGCACAUAAGGGUAGCGGUCAAUGGGGAGGAAAAAAUAUUUGCACCCGAAGAAAUCUCGGCUAUGGUUCUUGGUAAAAUGAAGGAAACCGCAGAGGCAUAUUUGGGCAAAAAAGUUACUCAUGCUGUUGUUACUGUGCCAGCCUACUUUAAUGAUGCACAGAGACAAGCUACCAAAGAUGCAGGUACUAUUUCUGGACUUGUUGUUAUGAGAAUUAUUAAUGAGCCAACAGCUGCAGCAAUUGCUUAUGGUUUGGAUAAGAAAGACGGAGAAAAGAAUGUAUUGGUCUUUGAUCUGGGUGGUGGUACUUUUGACGUCAGUUUGCUUACCAUCGAUAAUGGGGUGUUUGAAGUUGUGGCAACAAAUGGUGACACACACUUGGGUGGCGAAGACUUUGAUCAGCGUGUGAUGGACCACUUCAUUAAGCUUUAUAAGAAGAAAAAAGGCAAGGAUAUUCGCAAAGAUAGCAGAGCUUUACAGAAAUUGCGACGUGAAGUUGAAAAAGCCAAGAGGGCACUCAGUGUUAGCCAUCAAGUGAGGAUUGAAAUCGAAUCCUUCUUCGAAGGCGAAGAUUUUUCGGAGACCUUGACGCGUGCGAAAUUCGAAGAAUUGAAUAUGGAUCUUUUCCGUAGUACCUUGAAACCAGUACAGAAAGUUUUAGAGGAUUCCGAUAUGAACAAAAAAGAUGUAGACGAGAUAGUACUUGUUGGAGGAUCGACUAGGAUUCCAAAAGUUCAACAACUUGUUAAAGAAUUUUUCGGUGGUAAAGAACCAUCCCGAGGUAUUAAUCCCGAUGAAGCUGUCGCAUAUGGUGCUGCAGUACAAGCAGGUGUUCUUUCUGGUGAGCAAGACACGGAUGCCAUUGUACUUCUUGAUGUCAACCCACUUACCAUGGGUAUCGAAACUGUUGGAGGUGUAAUGACUAAACUUAUUCCUAGAAAUACUGUCAUUCCGACGAAGAAGUCGCAAAUCUUCUCUACCGCGUCAGAUAACCAACAUACCGUUACGAUCCAAGUAUACGAAGGUGAACGUCCGAUGACAAAAGAUAACCAUCUUCUUGGUAAAUUUGAUCUUACCGGCAUUCCACCGGCACCCCGAGGAAUCCCGCAGAUUGAGGUCACCUUUGAAAUUGAUGCCAACGGUAUUCUACAAGUGUCCGCUGAAGACAAAGGAACUGGAAACCGCGAGAAAAUUGUUAUUACCAAUGAUCAAAAUCGGCUUACUCCUGACGAUAUCGAAAGGAUGAUCAAGGAUGCUGAGAAAUUCGCGGACGACGACAAGAAAUUGAAAGAACGAGUAGAAGCACGUAACGAACUCGAAUCGUAUGCUUAUUCUCUGAAGAAUCAAUUAGCUGAUAAAGAGAAACUUGGAUCAAAAGUCACCGAUGCAGAUAAAACAAAGAUGGAAGAAGCUAUCGAAGAAAAGAUAAAAUGGCUCGAAGAUAAUCCGGAUACGGACCCAGAAGAAUAUAAAAAGCAAAAGAAAGAGCUUACCGAUAUUGUUCAGCCCAUUAUUGCCAAAUUAUAUCAAGGUGCUGGUGGUGGAGUUCCACCUCCUAGUGGGGACGAUGACGAUUUAAAGGACGAACUUUAACUAUAAGAAAAAAGCAGUACUUGUAUUCGUCCUAAUAUAGACUGAAUUAACAACAGGCUCAUGCAAUUGCUGCAGAGAUUAAUACGUCGUUGAUACGUCGACUAUACAAGACUGAUCGACGAACGUUCGUUUAUUCAUUAAGUUACAUACAUCAGAACUAAACAAUACAACACGGCUGUAAAGGUCGCCCUGUGUAUUGUUCCGUAGUGUGUAUUUGUCGCAUAAGGUAACAGUCAUCUUGAUCUUGAAAUGAAUUUUAUGAAAUGGAAAGAAUUUUACUACUGGAAGUAGCUUUUCCAAUUUCCAGAGAAGAUUCUGCGCGUUAAUUUAUUUUAAUUAAUUGUUUUCUAUGUUCCAUUACAAGUAAUCGAAUAAGCAGUUGUAUAAUUCGCGUUACAGAUUUUCAGGCGUGGGUGCGAAUCAGAAUGAUUGUUUGUGCAAGUGUGCUUGACUUGCGCCUAUUAUUAUAUCUGUAGAAAAACUAUAUCGUACUGUGUACAAUAUAGCUGUUCUGUGUGAAUGAACGUCAUAUGUAUCAGCAUCACGGAAAUAAACAUUUUUUCAAUAAAUUAUACAUACCGUUGAA